UAGACUGCCCGGUUCCUUGUUUUCUUCAUCUUUUUGCGCCCGCUGUCUGAGAUGCGUCAGCUGCCGACCAACAGGCGAGAAGCAGUCGGUUUCUGGCGAGGAUAAAGGCGACGUCGAGGCAUUUCUUCUCGGGGCUACAGCCGCUCACAUAACGGAUUUCUGGUCCUUUUAUCAUGGAUGAUGGUGCAAAAGAGGAGCCAGCUCAGAGGAAAGAGCCAAAGUUCCUGAGUAAAGCUGGCUGGGUGAAGAAGGCCCCCGGCAGGCUGCUGGCAAGCUAUAAGGACCGCUACGUCCAUGUGGAGAGGACGGAGAUCGUGGUGUAUGAAAACGAGGACCUGCAGAACUGCUUAGAGAGGGUCAACCUGGAAAACUACGAUAAGUGUCAUGAAUUGAAAAGUCCGUUCAAGAAGAAGCACAGACUGGUACUAAUUCGAUCACCCAGGCCUGGAAACAAGGUCCACGAUGUGAAGUUCCAAGCUCAGACUGCAGAGGAGAAGGAGGCCUGGAUUAAAGCUCUGACCGAUGGCAUCAAUCGGGCGAAGAACAAAGUCUUCGACGACGUGACGAUUGAUAACAGCAUUAAUUUAGAGCACGUUACUCGAACGAGGCCCAAAGGGAACCGGAACCGGCGGCCACCGACCAGGAUGCACAUGAAAGAGGUAGCCGAUGUGUCGUCUGAUGGUAUCCUGCGCUUGGAUCUCAACCUUGAGGAUGCCGUAAUGCCUAAUGGGACCUGCCGUGCCAGUGAUGAUGGCAGCAAAACCUCCAAAGAUGCCAUCAAAGUCGCAAUUCCUCUGUCCAAAACUAGUGAAUCUGCUGACAAACAGACAGUGGCAAGCAUUGAGGAGGGGGCUCAAACUGAGCCAGAGGUCAGUCCCCAGAAAAAGGUCAUUAAACCUCCCAUGCCCCCUAUCAAAGAGGCAAAACCCUGUCCAACACCUGAGGCCGAACCUGACAAGGAGGAUGGCCCAGAGAAAAAGGUCCUAAAGCCACCAAUGCCUCCAUCUAACAAAGCCAAGCCGUGUGCUUCACCUCUUGGCGAUGCCACAGAAGAGGUCAAAGCUGAGAAUGCGACUGAAAGGGGUCACGAUGCAAGCAAAAAGACAGGUCCACCGCCAACCCCUCCCAUCAAACCUACACCCAGUGGCUCCUUAGGCGACCAUGGAGAGGACUCGCAGUCCAGGCCAAGCUCUCACACUCCCGCCUCUCCAUCCAAAGAGAACCAACCCUCCAAUCCUGACGUAGAGCCAGACGAAGAUGUUCCAGGCGUGACUGGCGAGAAUUUGGAGAAAGAAGAAGACGAUCAGGAGGAGGCAGCAGGAACAUCUGUAGGAAAAGAUGAAGGGGACCAGUCAAUAUCUGAAGAAGCUCCACCUACUGCCAAGGAUGAUAAACCCGAGAGUCCCGGCGUUGUACGACACAUUUCUGAAGAGGAACCAGAGGAGGCUGCUGGCAGUGACUUAAGCAAAGCAUCUGACACUGAGCCACAAAUACCGACAGAGACUCUCGGGAAGAGCCUCAGUCCUCCUAUGAUCCCCAAGAAAAAGUCUGAGAAACCCGUUCAGCCCGACACACCGCACACGGGCAACAACGCAAAUGUGACGCAGAUCAAUGAGGGACGUGACCCUACUGCGUCACCGCCAACGGCCUCGGAUACCUCAGCCGGUUCUCCUCAAGCAGAAGAGGCACUACCCAAGAGUGAAGCCCCCUCAAUAGUCGUCUCUUUGAACGACGCGGUCAGCCUGAGUCCGCUGCUCUGUCACUUGCCCGGGGAGAAGAAAAAGAGGACGGAGGAAAAAUCUGUCGACAGCGGUCAGCACUCGGACGACGACAGCGAGGGAUCUGGGAGCGAAGACACGCUGGCGGCCUCCACGGGUGCAUUAAGAGGCAGCCACGCAGGUCUGGAUGUGUUUGACGCCAGCGAGGAUGAAAUCCCCAUCAGAUUGAUGCCGACGAAGGUUCCGCCCAAGCCUCAGGUUAGACCGAGGGUCUUCCCCAGCCGGAAACCACGGCCCCCUCUGCUUCUCAAGCCGUCAGACAAAGCCAAGUCGGCCUCCAUCGGGGAUCUGCUGUCUUCAGUCAAUGUUCCGGCGAGACAGAAUACCGCAGAUGUGGCCGCCGGUAACGGGGCACCUGGUGCCAACGUCAUGAAACUGGAGACCGAAGUGGCACAGGAGAUGGAGAAGACGAGGGACCUCAUGAGCAAGGUGUCCCGGUCGCAGAAUGGAGGGGACAGGAAGGACAAGACAGAGGAUCUGCUGGCCAGGGCCAUGGAGAAUCUGGAGAAGGCCGACCAUGUCCUGAGAGAAGUCAACAAACUGAAAGUUGCGAACAACGCAAGCCACAGGAAGAGCUGGUGAACGUCACUCGCAGCGGCUUGUUUAAUCCCUCCCCCGAACAGGGAUUGUUGGGAGGUAGCUUUGUAACCUUUAAUAGGCGCAGCAAGCCUGUCGAGCUGUGGAUUUCUCUACACAGGCAAAUGUGUGAGUUGCAUGAGGCUGUGAAAAUGUAAAAAGUCAAAAUGAUAUUCGGUACGACCUUUCCAAACCUCAAAACAGGAUACAAAACCCUUUCGGCUCAACGCUGGGUUAUGGGUUUAAAAUAAAGAAGCAGCAUUCACAACGAUCACUCCGCUGUGUCGAGGGCCUGGAUAAUAUCAGAGCUUAGACUAAUAUUAGCGGCUUUCUAUGGCUCUUUAACAAGUCUGCAUCCUAACAGCCUUUUCCCUUGUAUUGUUAAAAUUGCUAAAUUCAAAUAUAUGAAAUUCGGGCCCUUAACAAACAAGUUGACAGAAUGCCGACUAAGCCUGUGGCCGCCAAUGAAAACUUUCCGCAGUGUGCUGUGGUAACGUGGGUUUUACAUCCACCAGCCGGAUCUGAAGUGGGCAGGAAGGGUGAUGUGAGCUAUGAGUAUGACUAUGGUGAAAAUAUGGCAGUAAAGUGACCAAGACAAGAUUACAUAUGACAUAUGAUAUGAACAUGACCUAUGAAGUAGAAAACAGUCUUCUGAGAUGCGGAAACCUCACAGCCUGGUCCUCAUUUCUCUCACAACCAGAGGGGGGAGACAAACGUCCUUCACUCCAGCGUUAAACUUUUACAUUACAUUACAUGUCAUUUAGCUGACGCUUUCAUCCAAAGCGACUUACAAUAAGUGCAUUUCCACCAUAAUCAACUUGUGAAGACUCAUUUGUGCAGCACGCUAUGGACUGAAACUUUGGAGCAUGAUUCAAUUUUGAUGUUUGUGCAGCACACAGAACUGUUUGCUCAUAAUUAACUAAGUGCAAUUAUUUGUAGUUCAACUCAAGGUAAAGCUUAACGCUCUACUGAGUAUAUACAUUUUUGUUUCUAAUGUGAAAUAUCUGACAGUUUCCAGAAUGAGUACUUGAAAGUUAAUUAGAGAAUUAAUAAUAUAAUGGCAAAGCAGCACUGUCAAUACAUUGAGAACAUGCAAAGAAAGUACUAAAAAGUGUUAUUACCAAAUUAAUAGUUGACUCUUUGUGGAUUCAAUCGGUUUGUUUACUAUUGUCAUAUGCUGGCAGUUUAUGAGGGUAUUAAUAUUGUAAAUACGUAAUGCUUUUUACUACAGCUUUUUACUGCUGUUUAUUGUUGAUGAGGAAAGAUGUACCAACCUAGCUCAGGAGCUCUGAAAUAAAUCUUGUUCAGGAGAAUAAUGUGAUUAAAGCAAAAAGAAAUACUGGUAAUCCAUAUAUAUCCAUAUAUAUAUAUAUAUAUAUAUAUAUAUAUAUCCAUAUAUAUAUAUACACUAUAUAUUGUAUAUACAUACAAGUACAUAAGUAUAUACAUAUGUAUAUGUACUAUAUGUACCAUACUAUACUAUAUAUAUAUAUUGUACAUAAGAGCUUAUAGAAGCGCUUUUGGCUCUAACUAACCCCUCUUUCAGUUUAAUUUCAUAUUCAUUUGAAUCAUAAAAUGAGAAUUUUCUUUUGUCAAGUUAUUGGAUUUUAAAAAGACCUUGUGGUGUUUAGACCACUUCAAAUAUGUCUUGCCAUUUAAAAUGUCCAAGAAUAUUUUCUAACUGUAGAUAUUGUACUCUUUUGAUGCCAUUUGUCAUUGCCCCAAUAAACAAAAGAAAUAAUCUAA